CCUAAGAUGGCGGCCCGGCCCCCAUGCUGCCCCGCGCCGUUCUCCGGCCCCGGAAGCGUUGGGCGCCGCUUCGCUUGGGGCUGUUCGUUGCCGUCCGCCGCGGCCCAGCGCCGCUAUGGGAGUACCGGCCUUUUUCCGCUGGCUCAGCCGCAAGUACCCGUCCAUCAUCGUCAACUGCGUGGAGGAGAAGGCCAAAGAAUGCAAUGGUGUCAAGGCUCCGGUUGAUACAAGCAAACCAAACCCUAAUGAGGUGGAGUUUGACAAUCUGUACUUGGAUAUGAAUGGUAUCAUUCACCCUUGUACACAUCCAGAAGACAAGCCAGCACCUAAAAAUGAAGAUGAAAUGAUGGUUGCAAUAUUUGAGUACAUUGACAGGAUCUUCAACAUUGUAAGACCAAGGCGACUUCUCUACAUGGCUAUAGAUGGAGUAGCUCCACGUGCAAAAAUGAACCAGCAGCGGUCAAGAAGAUUCAGAGCAUCGAAGGAGGGCAUGGAAGCUGCUGAAGAGAAGCAAAAAAUAAGACAAGAAAUUCUGGCAAAAGGUGGCAUUCUUCCUCCGGAAGAAGUGAAGGAAAGAUUUGACAGCAACUGUAUUACCCCAGGAACUGAGUUUAUGGACAAUCUUGCCAAAUGUCUCCGCUAUUACAUCGCUGACCGUUUGAACAAUGACCCAGGGUGGAAAAAUUUGACGGUAAUCCUGUCUGAUGCUAGUGCUCCUGGUGAAGGUGAACAUAAAAUCAUGGAUUACAUUAGAAGACAAAGAGCUCAACCAAACCAUGACCCAAACACUCAUCAUUGUCUGUGUGGGGCUGAUGCUGAUCUAAUAAUGCUUGGAUUAGCCACUCAUGAGCCACAUUUCACCAUCAUUAGGGAAGAGUUUAAACCAAAUAAACCCAAGCCAUGUGCUCUUUGUAACCAGAUGGGUCACGAGGUUAAGGAUUGUCAAGGUUUGCCUAGAGAAAAACAAGGCAAGCACGAUCAGUUUGCAGACAGUCUUCCUGCCUCUGAACAAGAAUUUAUCUUCAUCCGCUUAUGUGUUUUGCGAGAGUAUUUAGAAAGAGAACUCACUAUGGCCAGUUUACCUUUCACUUUUGAUUUUGAAAGAAGUGUUGAUGACUGGGUCUUUAUGUGCUUCUUUGUUGGAAAUGACUUUCUUCCUCAUCUGCCAUCUCUGGAGAUCAGGGAGGGAGCAAUUGAUCGCUUGGUAAACAUAUAUAAAAACGUGGUGCACAAAACUGGGGGCUAUCUCACAGAAAGUGGUUUUGUCAACCUGCAGCGAGUCCAGAUGAUCAUGUUGGCUGUUGGAGAAGUUGAAGAUAGUAUAUUCAAAAAGCGAAAAGACGAUGAUGAUAACUUUAAAAGACGACAAAAAGAAAAAAAGAAAAGAAUGAAGAGAGAUCAUCCUUCAUUUAUUCCUGGUGGGCAGUUUUCUCCUCAAGCUCUGGGAAAUCGCACCAGUCCUCAGGCAAUCAGUAACCCCAGGCAAACCGCCUUUGAAAUGAGAAUGCAUGACAGACAGAACUCCAUGAUGCAGUCUCCAAAUACCAGUCUCAAUUCUGAUGGCUCCCCGUCCCCAGCACGAGGAAUUAAGCGAAAACCUGAAGACAGUGACAGUGAACCUGAGCCAGAGGAUAAUAUCAGGUUAUGGGAAUCUGGUUGGAAGCAACGCUACUAUAAAAACAAGUUUGAUGUUGAUGCAUCUGAUGAGAAAUUUCGUCGUAAAGUUGUACAGUCCUAUGUCGAAGGGCUUUGCUGGGUCCUCAGAUAUUAUUACCAGGGCUGUGCCUCUUGGAACUGGUAUUACCCUUUUCACUACGCUCCGUUCGCUUCUGACUUUGAGGGUAUUGCAGACAUGCCCUCAGAUUUUGAAAAGGGCUCGAAACCGUUCAAGCCUCUUGAACAACUGAUGGGAGUAUUUCCAGCUGCAAGUGGGAAUUUUCUACCCCCAACCUGGAGGAAGCUCAUGACAGAUCCGGAAUCAAGCAUAAUUGACUUCUACCCUGAGGACUUUGCUAUUGAUCUGAAUGGAAAGAAGUACGCUUGGCAAGGUGUUGCGUUAUUGCCAUUCGUUGAUGAGCGACGCCUUAGAGCUGCCUUGGAAGAAGUCUAUCCUGACCUUACUCCUGAAGAAAACAGAAGAAAUAGCCUUGGUGGCGAUGUUCUUUUUGUUGGAAAACACCAUCCACUUUGUGACUUUAUUGUAGAGCAGUACAAGUCUAAAAAUACAGAGCCAGUGGAUUUGCCCCCAGAGUUAUGUUAUGGAAUCCAGGGAAAGCUUACACUGAAUGAGAAUGCUGUUCUUCCAGAUAAGACAGUAGAGUCUCCUGUUCCGAUGCUGCGUGAUCUUACACAAAAUUCUGCAGUCAGUAUUUCUUUCAAAGAUCCACAGUUUGAUGAAGACUUCAUUUUCAAGGCUACGGUAUUACCUGGUGCAAAGAAACCACCUCCAGUUCUGAAGCCCGGGGACUGGGAGAAGACCAACAAUGAUGGCAGGCCUUGGAGACCACAGCUUGGUUUUAAUCGAGACAGAAAACCAGUCCACCUGGACCAGUCAGCAUUUAGAACUUUAGGCCAUGCAAUGCCAAGGGAAAGAGGGAUGCCAGGGAUGUAUGCCAAUGCAGUACCUCUUGGAGCUUAUGGGAGCCCAUACGCCCGGCCGCUUAUGAGUGGGCAGCAGCAGAUUCCUAAAUUGCUCUCAAAGAUCCUGCCAAGAAGCAAACACCAUGUCCUCCUUUUGCCUGGCCACCUUCUGCUUUUUGCAGAAGAGACUUUAUUUUUCCUAUGAAUUAGCACCACUCUUUAUUAUUCUCUUUAAACUUGUUGGAAUGACACAACGUAGUGUGUGUUGUUCAGUGGGGAAAAUCUUGGCGUUACUUAGGACUUAGCAUAUUGAUGGCUCGUGUUUGGAAUGAAGAACUAUGGUGUCUUGCGGUGUUUGUUCCUGCUACGUGUGGACUGCCCUUUUGGAGGUGUUUGGUUCUGUCCUUUCCUCUAUACCAGUCUUAUUUUGCACCAUCUGCUUCAGCUACUUAAGAAGUACAGGAGAGUUGUUCAUCUUGUCUCUUCACAUGUGAUCAGGAGCUGCAUUUCUGUAAUGGUGGGAUUGAAACAGGACAAAACAUCACCAAACUGCCUAAAAAGGUGCUUUAAACUUCAAAGUAGUAAUUAUUUAGCAGAAUUCUUGCAGUAUUAAACUUACUCAUAUGUUUGAAGUUUCAACAGCUGAGAUAGCUCAAGUUCAGGCUCCAGCAUCUGGUCAUAUGUAGAAAACCAGAUUGCUGCAUAGUGAAGCCUUCAUGCUUCUCAUAGCUGGCCUGUAUUUCUUGACUGUAUAGGGAACAAAUGAUAUCAUUGGCCAUACUGAGUUAAACUUAUUGCCCAGAUCCAAAGUGGAUGAUAUAUGCUUGAAUGGGACAUGUGAAAAUCUUCCUGUGUGAGGAACUGGAUUGGCUGGAGGUACAGAUCAAGUAUGACUUUGGAGCUCUGAACUUUGUUGAGAAGAAAACAAGUGGAUUUUUGAAGUGAGCAAAAAUAUGGUCUUUAAAGAAGAAAGGAGUGGGACUAACAGACUGGCAUCAUAUUUUUGUAUUUCUCUCCAAUAAUAGAGAAUGUGUGGUCUUGUGGGGAGUUAAAGGAUUCUAUGAGUCCGUAGGUCCCCCCCAUGCUGUUCUUCAUGUCUUCUGAAACUUGAAUCUUUAUGCUUUCUGAAAAAGUUAUUUCAAAGCAGUUUUGUGAGCCUUAUGUAUAUGGAGCUUAUCUUGCCAAUUAGGUACUUAUAAAAUCUCUCAUCCUUGAGGCAUCUGAGCACCUUGUGUUGUGCAGGAAACACUCCAAAUGCAAAUAUGCCCCAAUGCCAUCGUUCUUUCAAAUUGAGGAGGCUUGAAUCCACUGAUCAGCGUGGAAUCUCAGCACAUCUGUUGCUCACAGAAAUUAUCCGGGGGCUUUCUUUCACACAUUCUAUUUUCUCCUCAUCUCCUGCCCCUUCCUCACCCUCAAAUUGCUUCAGGCAUCAUGGAGUCCUUGCAUCCCCAGUUGCUGUUCUGUGGGUAUGCUUGACAAACCUAAAAGCCUUUCUUUCUUUUCCUUCCCUCUUGUGCCUUUUCCUUCAUGCUUCAUUUUCCAUCAGGCAGGGAUUGAUUUACUGUUUGUGCAUUAGAGGGUUGCCAGGUCAACCUGCUGCUCCUUCCAGCUCCAUUGCAAUGUGUUGCCUCCUAUGCUGCCAUCUGGCUGGUGGGUCGGGAGGACCUGGCAGUGCACUGUGUGCCUCAGCUUCUCUCCUACCAACUUAAGAAUGGGAUCUGCUUAAACUAUUCAAAGGCACUUGUGAAAAUAUCUUCAGUUAUCAUAACUUGUACCGAGAUCAGCUUCUUAAGCUCAUUCUGAAAGGAUGUUUUUGCAAUUGGGACCCCCACACACACUUUUACGUGUCAGGGAUUGGAAAUUGUUGAGGUGGGAGCACAUCAGCAUCUCUCUGUACCAUGCUUUAGUAGGUGGCAGUCAUCAUUCUGAACAGGCACACAUGGAUAGAAUUAGGUAAGGCUUACUUCUCCUUGCCACCAGUUUCACCCAGACAGCACUGUAUCUAGGAGUAUCAGAAGGUAUUCCUGGAUAGGAGAGCACAGCCAGCUCCUUGUCUUUGCAGCCACACCUUUCAGUCCAAGCUCAGUUGCCACUAUCAAAGGGCAGAUGUCUUCAACCAGAAAACCAAAUCACAAAGCAUUGUGAAAGUGUAAGCAGCAUUUUCUUACUGGGGCAGAUUGUCUCGUAUCAGAAUGAUGCUCAUCAGCUACAUCCUCGUGAGAGUGUAGAAGGCAGAAUGUGAGAGGACACCUGUAUGAUACAGAAUAACUAGAUGGGGAAGCUCUCUGAAAAUGCACAUUGACUCAUUCAAGCAAAAGGAGCACUGAUGUGGUUAUAAUGCCCACUUCUCACUGGAUUGAUGCAAAGCAACUUUUCGUUUUACAUAUAACGUUUUUAUAUGGAUGAUGAAGAAAAAUUAGACUCUCGAAGGGCAACGCGGUCAAGCAAAGUGCCACCUCUCCUUCAAGGACCUGCCGUGGGUGUUCCUGACUGCUGUUCUCUGAUUUGACUUUGAUGUGCCAAUUUUCAGCUGAUGAAUAAUUGUCUGCGCUGAUAACUUGGGGGAGUCAAGUGCGGAACGGUAGCACUCUAUGAAUGGCAUAUUUGGUUUCUGCAACACAAAGUAUCUGAUUUAUGACUUCCAUUUCAGUCAGUAAACUUGUCGAUUAGCUGCAUUUGAAAAGUGAUUUUUGAUUAGUGCAAUCAGUAAACAGAAAAUCUCAUCUUUGAUUGCCGCGCUGAUUAGAUAAAUUGUUACUUGAGGAGCUGCUGAGGAAGGCGGUUUAUUUGGCCUUAUGGCUCUAGGAAAUGCCUCUGUUUUGAAGACUAAAUAAAAUAUUGUCAUUUCUCUUCCAGCUCUGUCACUUUUUGAAGUGUAAUUUACUGUUCCAAGCUUUCCCCCCCCCUUCAAAGACUGUUCUUUGCCGGAGCCAUACAAAUGGACAGUAAUAAGGUGGCUUUACAUGUGUUCGUGGUGAUUUCAUUAAACUCUUUGCAGCUCUAGGGAACAGUUAGAUAAAGAUGUGCUUACAGCAGGGUAACGCAGCCUCUUUCAGAUGGAAAAGAAGCAGUUUACGAGAUAAAACUGUAACUAGCCCUUAUUCAGGGAUCUGCAGCAAUGGGGAACACAAUGCCAGGGUAAGACUGGUGUCUCCUUUCUGCAAGUCUGUCUUCCAGCAAGCAGCCAGAGAACUCAGUUGCCUCCUCCCACUUCUAUGGUGUCUGCUACAUUGCAGUGUGACAAAGGCAUCUGUGCAAAAGAAGCUAUAGCUUGAAAAUGUCACUGUUUAUCAAGAUAAGUGGAUCUUUAGGUCUCCUAGACCUGAGCUACGCUAGAUCCCAGACCCAGCAGUCAUCCUGGUGGCUGCACGUAAAGAACUAGAUGUGCUAGCUACAGGUGGGGGAUUUUUAAUUGCAAACAUUGUUAGCAUGUCAGUUCAUGUUAGUCAGUUCUGCUCUGUUGCUUAUUUUUCUGUGGUGCUUGUAUUAUUAGAGCUUGGAAAUUAUUAGAAAUGAAAAGUCUUGCCGGAUUAUUUUUUGUUUGGAAUGGGGGACGCUCUUGGGCUUCAAGAGAUUCAUGGUAAUAUCAUGUUUGUGCAGCCUGCUUAUGCAUGUGAAAACCCUUGCAAUUCUGAUAAGCUUAAUCAGUGUAAGUAUGCCAUACAUCCAUCUUUUUGGUCCUUGUGGUGUUUUAUGUAUGAGAUAACCACUUAUACCUGAUUAUGAGCAUCGGUUGGUAACAAUAUGCACCUGUGUCUGUAUAUAU